CAAGAGAAGAGAAGAGAAGAGAAGAGAAGAGAAGAGAAGACAAGAGAAGACAAGAGAAGACAAGACAUGACGUCCUCUGGAAUCACAGCUCUGCUCCUGCUGACUGUCCUGCUGUGUGCUGACUUCACAGCAGCUGAGGUUGUGGUCGACUGUUGCCUCAAAACCACGGACAAGUUCUUCCCUCUGAUUCUGAUUGACAGCUACACACUGCAGGAGGCGGGACAAGGCUGUGACAUAAGCGCCACUGUCUUCAUCACAAAGUUGGAGAAAACCGUGUGCAUCGUUCAUCCUGAAGAAGAAAAGAAGAAAACAAAGUGGGUGAAAUCUCACAUCAAGUAUCUGGAGAAGAAGAAAGAGGAGAUGAACUGAUGAACUGAGGUGUGGGAGCAGUGCAUUGUGGGACAUUACUGAAAAUCAAAGAGGAAUGGAAACAUCAACAAAUGUUUGAUAAUAAUCUGUGGAUAAUCUGUGGAUAAUCUGUGGUCCUGAAAAAGUUUCACUGAGCUUUUGUGUAAAAUGUUGUAAAGUUAUUUCAAAUAAAGUUUGACA